UUUUAGUGAAUAUAGAAUGAAUCAACAAAAGGUUGAUGCCAUCCCCCCUUGUGUUUCUUCUUCCAACAACCAAAACAACAACAACCAAAAUCUUCCAACCGACAACCAAAACCUUCAAAAACCUCUAAAAAAUAAUUUUUCUAUUAAAAAUCAUUCCAAAUUAAUAUUAAAUUAUUUUAAUAAAUUUACUUCUUCCGCCAAAAUUUUAUUUUUAAAAAAUAAUAAAAAUAAUAAUUAUAAUUAUUAUUGUCAUCAACAACCAUCUACCCCCUUAAUUAAAAAUAAUUUUUUAAUUAAAAAUAAAUUAUUAUUUAAUUUUAAUUCUUCCCAAAUUCUUUCUUUUAAUUUCCUAAAAUUUUUAUUUAUAUUUUUGUUAAUCCAAUUUUUAUUUUUAAAAACUACCACAACUACUUUAAUCGACUCUAAUCGGUGCACUCGAAAUUCGAUUAAUUUGGGAAAUAUUAUUGAACAAAUUUUGAGGGAUUAUGAUACUCAUCUUUUACCUGAAGCUGAAGGUGUUAAUGUUACUAUAGAAUUACAUGUACAGGGUGUUUCAAAAAUAUCAGAAAUUACAGCUGAUUUUGAACUCGAUUUAAUGUACAGCGAAAUAUGGAUGGAUCCUCGUUUAAGUUUUAAACACUUAAAUGUCUGCACUACGAAUAUUACCCUAAAAAGCGAUUUUCGCGCGAGGGUAUGGACGCCAGACACUUGCAUAAUUAAUUCGAGAGGUUCAUCAAUACAUCGAAGUCCUUCCGAAAAUACUUUUGUGAUAUUAUACGAGCAUGGACUUGUUUGGUCUAAUUUUAGGUCCUUUAAUUACUAA